AUGGGGAAGAAACUGUUUGGCGGACGUGGAAGUGGGCUCAGGCUGGGCCCGUGGGCCGCACGUUCAUGGGCUACCUGCAGGCUGCAGCUGAAGCAGCGUGCCCACACGCCGCCGCCGUGCGGCAGCCAACCGGCGGCGAUUGAGCGCCGCACCGUUGCUUGUGUUCCCUACUUCCCUCCCGCGCGUCGUCUGGGCUUGCAAUGCUUGCGACGACGCCUCGGUACCCGCUCACUUGCUUCCAUGCUCCACGGCACGCGCAGGAGGACGGCGCCGCUCGCAGCCGCUUUCUUCGCUUCCAAGCCCCAGCCUCAGCCUCCGCCGCAGCUGCCAACGCCGCAGAUAGUCGAAGCCGCCGUCGCUCGCUGCCCCUCAGACGGCAUCGCGCUCUCCUUCUUCCUGUGGUGUGCCCGCCGCCCCGGCUAUUUCCACCCGCCUUCCUCCUUCGACCGCCUCCUCCCCGCCGCCUCCCGCCUCGCCUCUCGCCUCGGCACUGCCAACAAGCUUAUCCGCGAGCUCCAGGCCCUCGGCGUCCACGUCAAGCCCCAGACUUUCCUGCUCCUGCUCAGGCUCUACUGGCGCGGGGGGCUCUACCCUAUCGUACUCGAUCUGUUCUAUCAAAUGCGCCUUUGGGGAUUCCAACCCAAUGCCUUCGCCUGCAAUGUCGUCCUCGACGUCCAGCUCAGGACAGGCCAUCUCGACGCAGCGCGACACACGUUGCAGUACUACCCGGCACCCAAUUACCUCACCUACGCCAUUGUGCUCACCCAUCUCUGCAGGGCUGGGGGCUGGUCAGGAGCCCGGAGUUGUUUUAUUGAAAUGCUACAGCUGGGGUUUGUCCCAAGUGCAGCUUCUCUCACUGCGGUUUUUGCCUGCUGCAGUAAGGCUGGAACUAUGUCUGAGCUUCUGCAGCUGUUUUCUUUCGCGCUUGUUUCGGGUUGCAAUCUCACCUCAGCCAUGUGGACAUGUUUGAUCGCUCGUCUGUGCCGUGAGGGGCGACUAGAGGAGGCUUGUAAUAUGCUUGCAAAGAUGGCGGAUUCUGGUUCUUCUCCUUCAGUGGUCACCUACACUCCACUUGUCAGGGGAUUGUUGCGAGCUGGUAGGCAUGAAAAGGCCAGCGAGCUUUUGGGGUCAAUGAUGUCCGCUAGUUGCAGACCAGACAUUGUUUUGUAUAAUGUUCUGAUGGACAGCAUGCUAAAGGAGAGAAGAUACAAUGAGGCACUAAAUAUUUACAUGCAUAUUCUUGGCAGUCAGAUAAAGCCAGAUGCAUACACUUUAUCUACUUUAGCUCAGGUAUUGCAGUUUUCACAGAAUAUGGGCCUUCUUCACAGCUUGAUUUUAAGCUCCGAUAUCUCUCUUGAUCUUGUGGCCUGCAAUUCUGUGUUGAGUAGUCUGUGCAAAUCAGGUUUUCCAUCUGAAGCCAUCCAAUUCUACAUUGAUAGAAUUGACACGUGCACCAGCCCAGACAGCUACACUCAUGCUGGGUUACUGGAUAGUUUGUGCCAGUUAGGAAGGGUAAACCAUGCAAUUGAUGUCUACCACAAUAUCAUUGCCAGUGCUCCUGAAUUGAAUGCAUAUGUUCAUGCAGCAAUCCUCCGUGGUCUUGUUAGACAGGGCCAGAGCCUUGCGGCCUUAAGGAUUUUAAGAGAGGCUGUACGGAAAAAUUAUGCUGUUGAUUCUGUGUGCUACACUGUGGUUUUACAUGGUCUUUUCCGUGUGCAUCUGGUGGAAGAGGCUUUCAGGUUGUUCGACCAGAUGAAAAAUUCAGGAUUAGCACCCAACACUUGUACAUACAAUGUGAUGCUUUGUGGGCUUUGUAGGACCAGGGAUCUCCAUGCUGUCAAGCAGUUGUUAACAGAAAUGGAAUGUGCGGAUGCAAAAAUGGACAGUAUAUCAUUCAACACAGUAGCAGUGCUCCUAAUUAAGUCAAAGCGCAUCGACUCUGCUGUUGCAUUGAUCAGAGACAUGCUAAAUCUAGGCAUGAAGCCUAGUACCAAAACUCGUUUGUUACUUUCUCAGUCCACUGUCUAUAAAUCUGUUUUGGUGGAUAAUGCCACUCCCACUGUAGAAAGCGAUGGGUCAGACUCGUCCAGUGAUCUCCUUGUAUGCUCAGCUUCAUAGGCCAUAUUAUGUCAACUGAACAAACAUAUUAUCUCUCCAACUACAGUUGGUCAUGCACAGCUGCAUAAACUUAACAUAUGCAGUUCUAAUGGAUCAUGGGUCCUCAAUGACUUUCUGCAUUCAGUAGGUGCUACACUGCCCUAAAAGAAGGCCAGAUCUAGUGCUGAAGGCUCUCACAUACAGUCUGUGAAAGAGAUAAACCGAGGCAAGUCUUCUCCUCGCAAAUACGGAGAUGUUGUUUUGAACCCGUGACCUGGUGACUCAUUGAGACAGUCCUCACCACUGCACCAGGUUGGUGUACAUACUGCAGUGAAACAGAUUCAUCUGGAGAAUAUUACCUUAUGCAGGAAAAAAGUGGUAUGGUUCAAUGUUUUUAAAUUGUCUAGUUGACCCAAGUAGGCUUAUGGGCGAUUAGAUCACCUAGGAUGAGUAGUCGACGACUAGGGCGACUAUUCAACCCUAGUCGGCAGUUGGUCGUCUUACCUACUGCAGGGCCGAUAUUAUAAUUAUACAGUGUAUAAUUGUAUAUUGUAUAACAUUAUAACAGUAUAAUAGCAUAUAAUUUAGAAUGAUA